UUUUAUUACACUGCACAACUGCGACCGCCCAUUCAUCCUCCAAAGUUCUUGAUUCUCAUUCAACGCCACAUCUCGACUUCGUUUGUUCCAUUGUCGGCACGUAGCCAUGCCAUCCAUCCCUAAACAUCUGUCAGGCAUUCGAGCCAUUCAUCUGUUUUCUGACACUUGACCAUGAUCCUGUCGACCCGUCUAUCCUAGAUCCGAGUGAUCCACAGGUCACAUCCUGACCAGUCCAUCUGAUCCGAGCUCGAAAGACCUCUCUUACCUUUCAAGACCGAGUACCGUCGAAAAGAUGGCCCCUCAAUGGGUGCCUCAAUGGGUGUUAUCCUUCUGGGGGUUCUGCAAACGCAACAUCAUCCCAGAUGUCUUCAUCAAGAGGAGGCUGAAUUUUAUCACUGUGCAUUAUCUAUACUUGAUUGGAAUGGCACUUCUGGUGUCGGUCCUCAUCUUUGUGCAGGGUGGUAUGGCAUACAUUGACGCUUUGUUUUUCGCCUCUGGCGCCUGUACACAAAGUGGACUCAACACCAUCGAUGUGAACCUCAUCCAUAGCGGUCAACAGGCCAUGCUAUAUACGGCGGCCAUGUUCUGCAAUCCCAUCGUCAUCCACUCGGCCGUGGUCUUUGCCCGACUUUAUUGGUUUGAGAAGAGAUUCAAAGAUGUUGUCCGAAAUUCCAAUCUUCUGCGCCGGACGAAGUCACGGACAAGAACAAAUACUUACGUCAAGGAGGACCCUGAGGCAGGCAGGGACGGUUCAGGCGUGAGAGGGCAGGCUAUUCAAGUUCUGCGCAAUACCGGCCACAGUGAUAGUCUUCCUGUGGUUGAAAAAUCGGAGGGUGAUAAUGAAGCCAACGGAAAGGUUAUUGACUCCUCGAAUAGCUCUAAGAAGGAUAGUGACGACGUGGGAGGACCGCCCCAGGACAAUGACUUGCAUCUGCGGCACACACGGUCGACAGACGAUGUUCGCCUUCCUCAGCAUUUCAGCCCUGAACAACAUAUCAGAUUCCUCGAGAAUCAGCGCAAUCCCAGAGACACGACUGCGCUCAGAAUCCCAAGUCCGAGAGAGUUUGAACUUGGAGGUCGACCGGAAAAUGUGAGCGACGGUAUCGACAACAAGUUACAGCGUCAGGUUACGAGCGAUCCGGAUCUACCGAGGGCAGCCCAGAAAUCUAACAACGAACUUGACAUUAGUGUCGAAGGUGGAGGGCCCACACACAUUACAAUCAACGAACCACGUUUUAUUCGAGAGCGUGCAGACAGAAGUACCACAUUUCCAAGGCUCAACACUCGACAGUCUACCCAGCCACAGGAAACGUAUGACCCGUCUGCACCUGCAUCGAACCUUAAGAGGGGGAGAUCCAUGACGUUCCGCUCACUCCAACGCAGCAACACAGCUCGGACCAUGGAGCCAGCACCAUAUUUAAGCUGGGAGCCAACUAUUGGAAGGAAUUCCUUCUUCAUCGGAUUGACAGAAGAGCAAAGAGAAGAGCUGGGUGGCAUCGAGUAUCGUGCCUUGAAGACACUGGCUUUGAUACUCGUCGGCUACUUUCUUGCCUUUCAUUUGCUCGGUAUCAUUUGCAUUGUCCCGUGGAUCCUGCAUACAUCCAGGUACGGACGUAAGGUGACCGAGCAGGGACAAGGCCGGGUUUGGUGGGGAUUUUUUACCGCAGCAUCGGCCUUCAAUGAUCUGGGGUUCACGCUCACCAACAACUCCAUGAUAUCCUUUGGCGGCGCCAUUUUCCUGCUGCUCCUGAUGACUUUUUUGAUUGUUAUUGGCAAUACGGGGUUCCCAUGCAUGCUGCGGUUUGUCAUCUGGGUGUUUUCCAAAUGUGUGCCCUACGGUGGGCCUCUAUGGGAUGAACUUCAAUUCCUCCUCGAUCACCCUCGUCGGUGCUUCACGCUGCUUUUUCCUCGAAACGCAACUUGGUGGCUGUUCGCCAUUUUGGUCAUUCUAAAUGGCGUCGACCUCAUCUUCUUCAUCAUUCUUGACCUCAAUGACCCUGUUAUCGAACAGAUUCCAGCUGGCAUACGUCUGGUUGAUGGGUUGUUUCAAGCGUCGUCCACCCGCACGGCCGGCUUCUCUGUGGUCAACCUCGCCGAACUCCAUCCUGCAAUCCAGGUCAGCUACCUCAUCAUGAUGUAUAUCUCAGUUUUUCCCAUCGCCAUAUCGAUGCGUCGGACCAACGUGUACGAGGAGAAAAGCUUGGGAAUUUACGACCCCGGCGAUGAAGAUGAGGAGGGCAAGGAGCCCAGCUAUGUCGGAGCCCACUUGCGAAAGCAGCUUUCCUUUGACUUGUGGUACAUUUUCCUGGGCUUGUUCAUUAUCGCCAUUGUUGAAGGUGGGCGUUUGCAAAACACCAAUGAGUAUGCCUUCACGUUAUUUGCGGUCCUCUUUGAGAUUGUCUCGGCAUAUGGAACUGUUGGCUUGUCUAUGGGCUAUCCCACCAUAAAUGCCUCCUUUUCUGCCGAGUUCCAUACAUUGUCCAAACUGGUCAUUAUCGCCAUGCAGAUUCGUGGACGGCACCGUGGUCUUCCAUACGAGUUGGAUCGAGCUGUCAUGCUCCCAUCAGAAUCUCUGCAGGCGAAAGAAGCGAAAGAAGCCGAACGCGUGCUGCGACGAAGAAGAUCAUCUCUUGGAGCCAUGUCUACGACGUCAGCUGUGGACGGCAAUAUGGAAGGACGGCGGUUCCGUCCCGAAACCGGACUUUCCACCGCUUUGCAUCUGGGGCAUCGCGAUGGUCACGGGCCGCGGCCGCGAGGCAAUACCAAUGCAACUGGUGGAAGUGAUCAGGAUGGACAUUUGCCCAGCGUUCGACGCGGUGUGGGCAUGGCGUUGUUCAAACUCGCCAAUGAAGUAGACUCGAUCAAGGAGGAGGUCCCGGGCCAUGAUCGGUCGUGAGAAAGAACUAUGAUCGCAUCUUGUUAAUGAUGAUUUUCGGCAUACUGAGAAGAAUUCGAGCGAAGGCGCAGGAGGUUUGUUUUUUCCAUGUCCUGCGAAAGACACAUCAUUUUGGUGGAAAAGGAACCUGUACAUGAAGUCAUGAUCGGACCAGGCCUGUGGUGUCAAUGCAGGUGUAAGUCAAUGAUAUAGAUUGAUGAUUCUGUACGGAGUACUACACUUCAAGCUGACCUGGUAUGCUGGCUGUGUGUACGGAGUAGGUGUGUCACCUAGUGUGUGUACUUCGUACGGGAUACUGUGUAAGAUAUUUGGAAGCUGCUGCGCCUCACACCGGACAAGAGAAGGCCGCCCCCUGACGGAAGUUGCAGAGGGCCACGAGGGCAUACUGUACUCCGCACGGGCACUCUUGCAUCAUUCGACGUCUUUGCAGCUGAUGUUUCAUUCCAAG